AUGGCUCGAUUAUCAUCUUUCUUGGCUGGUCUUGCUAUUGCCAUUACCAUUUCAGCUGCACCUCUUACAGUUCCUUUGGGGACAAGCGGCCAAUCGUUAACCAUCAGCGAUGAUGGCCAAAGUAUUUCCAUUAGUGGCCAAACGAUGAGCCUGACUCAAGUCAUGGCUAGCUCCAAGUCUUGCAUAGGUAGAAAGAAGGAUGCCGACCGCAAGGGCGCCGCAUUCGGGGCUGUGAAGGGGGCAGGAAGGGGGGUAGCUGCCACCACAAAGAAUGCUAAAGCAAUUUACUUUAUAACCAAUGUCGUAAACAACUCGGUUGUGGCAUUGAAAGUAGCUGCUGAUGGGACUCUCUCUGAUGGCUCUAUCACUGCCACGGGAGGAGCAGGUAUGAGCGGUGUCGACUCAACUGGAGCCCCAGCAGCACCGGAUGCUCUCUUCAGCCAAGGAGCGGUGAAAGUAGCAGGAAGUAGCCUGGUUGCAGUCAACCCGGGUUCAAAUACACUCUCGAUGUUCGCUAUCGACUCCACAGAUCCCACCAAACUUACUAUGGUCGGCCAACCAGUGGACACCCUUGGCGAAUUUCCAAUGAGUGUUGCCCUGUCCACAACCUUGAAUCAGGCCUGCGUCGCCAACUCUGGUGCCAAAGCCGGAAUAGCAUGCUUUUCCAUGUCAGCCACUAAAGGUCUCACAGCACUAGACACCUCCCUACGAACUUUCAACAUUAGUCAGAAGACCCCUCCAGUGGGCCCCACCAACACUGUCUCUCAGACAUUCUUCAACGCCGACUCUACUGCCCUCAUGACUACCGUCAAAGGAGACCCAACAGUCAACAACACUGGUUUCCUCUCUAUCUUCCCCGUAGUCAACAACCAAGUCGCUACCCAAGACGUACGCUCUUCACCAGCGGGAACAGCAGUCCUUUUUGGCACUGCCUUGAUCCCCAAAUCGAACAACGUCUUCAUCACAGACGCCUCCUUCGGGUCUGCAACCCUCACCCUCUCUUCAGACAAUAUCGCCACCAUCGCUGCAUCUACCAAGAUCAAUGACCAAUCAGCUACAUGCUGGGCCACUAUCUCUGAUGCCACGGGUAGUGCAUUCGUCACUGAUGUCGCGGUCAACCAUCUUGUGGAAGUGGACACCACUAGUGGGAGGUUAAUCAAGGAGUUGAAUGUUACGAAUGGGAAUCCAGGCAUGGUUGAUUUGGUGAGCGCGGGGAACUUUAUUUAUGCGUUGAGUCCGGGGAAUGCAACGGCGAAGGCGGCGAUUACGGUUUUCGAUGUCAGUGGUGGACAGGGCACUGCGAAGGAGAUCCAGAACUUCAGCCCGGCUGGCGUCGCGGAUAGUGCUCAGGGUAUGACGUUUGUUUGA